AUGCAGCGUCACGAGAUCAACGCCAUCCUCUACGGCAUGAACGGAAUGGAACGCAUUAUCGUGCAGAGCUUCCGCUGUUCGAGCUUCGGGUGCAGGAAAACAUACGGGCCAAAUUUUGUUUGGGAUCUCUCUCACAAGUAUAACACUGCCACCCCCAAGAACAUUGAAGAGAUCGGGGCUCUCUUUGUGGGGACGAAGAUUGGCUUUACUGCGGACUACUUGAAGUACCAUAGCUUCCUGGAGUUCCGUGCCUGUGUGUCUGCCAUGGCAAUCAAACACACGUACCAGCACACUUUCAACACUGCUCAUGGAGAGCAGUCAAACUGGUUUGCAAAGAUGCACGCCUCCGCCAUUAUGUCGUGGAUAGCCGUCCAGGAACUAUAUCCACUACAACUACAUCUCAGCAUCAAGAUCGGCGACGAGAUCACACCUCAAGCUCUCCAAGCAUACCAUAAACACCUCCAUCUCAAGGUCUUUCCGCCGAAGUGCAAGACUACAGUCAAAGAACUUGUCGCUGAUGGGCAUCAAAAAGUCCACAUCAAAUGCGCGAACUCGCGCAAGCAUGCAGGUAAACCUCCCAAGCAUGGUCGCAUUAAGCCGUUCGGCCAUGGCUGGUUCAUGUUGGUCCAUCCUCGUGAUCUUCGCAUCCUGGCUGUCAGAUCCAUGUCUGUUCCGGAGAACAAUGAGAUCCUCUAUGACUCGCUUCUCGAAAUCUUGCCUUUGUACAAGCACUUGGAUGGCCUAAUCAUGGACCGUGCCUGCGGUUUCUUGCCCACAGCCCGGGCCGACAAGAGCCUGAAACAAAUCAAAUACUGGAGCAUCGACGGCUUUCACGCGAAGGGCCACACCAAAACAUGUCCUUGCAACCCCAUCUACAAGAAGAGGUUGGCUACAAGGUUCAAGGGGGUAAACUCCUCGGCGUGUGAACAAGUCUUUUCGUGGUUUAGGGGGUACGCACGGCUUCUCAACGAGAGUUCCCCUAUGCGCCAUAGCUUCAAGGUGUUGUACUUCGUGAAGCUGCACAAUUGUGCAGUGGAGCAGAAGCAGUCUACGUACCUGAAUCGUUAUGUUCGCUCCGGUAAGAAAGCCAAGCGACCGUACUCAUGUGGCAAGAAGACAGUCGCUAAAAAGCGACCUGCAGCAGCCAUGAGCUAA